AGCCACCGAUUCUUUAUUAAGAACAUCUUCAAAAAAAAAAAAAAUAAACAAAACACAACGUAGGGUUCCGUACCAAACAUUUUGGUGCCGACAAACCAGGAUUAGAUAUCCUAAAAAAUUGUGUGCGUUCUGUGGCCACCGUGUGUGUUGCAAGUGUAAAGUUGUACACCGCAACCGUGUUUGCUCAGUGAACAUUAAAAAUGACAAAAGCAGACAAGCUUAAGUCACGGCAAGCCAAACGGCAAAGCCUCAUUGUGUCUAUGCAGCGGCUUGCGCAGUUUGCAAAAGACUAUACUCCUCAACAACAACAGCAAAUACCCGACCGACUUGAUCGGUUGUCGAAAAUUUGGGAAUGUUUCCAAAUGGUGCAGGAAGACUGCGAGGAAUGGGACGAUUCCGAGAAUGCUACCAGCGAAAACGAAGCGUUAUUGUCACAAGCAGAGGAGCUUUACUUCGAAACAAAGGCCGCGUUAACAAGCUACAUUCCGGAAACAGCAGAUCAGGUAAAAGAAGAGGUUACCCGCCCAGCAAGCGUAAGUGUUAAACUACCUAUCAUUUCAUUACCUGAAUUUUGUGGUGAGCUCACAGAGUGGCUAUCCUUUUAUGACACCUUUGUUUCACUUGUUCAUAAUUCUGAAGAAAUUUCCAACAUCCAAAAAUUUCAUUACUUGCGUGCGUCCCUCAAAGGGGAAGCUGCCGGAAUAAUACAACCAAUUCCUAUUACAGCAGAAAACUAUCAGGUGGCUUGGAAAGCUCUUUUGAAUCGAUAUUCCAAUAAAGUACAUCUUCGUAAAAUGCACACACGUGCAUUGUUCGAGCUUCCAAAGCUAACCAAUAGUCACGCCCCAGACUUGCGACAAUUGGCUAACCAAUUUCAGCUACACAUCGAUAUUUUAAAACAAUUAGAGGAGAGCAUUCCUGACAACAGCACAAUUUUUGUGGAACUUCUUGCUACCAAAUUGGAUAAAGCAACAUUACAAGCAUGGGAAGAACACAAUUCCCAAGACAUCCAGCCAACUCAUCCAAAUAUGACAAACUUCUUGUUGAAAAGAGCUCAAACAAUUGAAGCAUUAGCGUUGCAGACAGGCAACCGCCCAACCACAUCUCAUUCGAAAAUGGGUAUACCUAACCAUAAAUUUUCCAAGAAAAUGAGCACUAACACAAUUAGUGUGAAACAGGACAACACACACACUUGUCCUGCAUGCAAAAAAGAUGGUCACACGUUGCAUCAGUGUCAAUCCUUUAUCGCUAUGCCAUGUAAGGCGCGUCAAGAGUUUGUAUCACGAAACAAACUUUGUAUCAAUUGCUUGAGAAGUGGACAUUUCUUUCAACAAUGCCCUUCUAAGUACUCUUGCCGAAUUUGUAAAAGGAAGCAUCAUUCUAUUUUACACUAUAAAACGCAAACAAAUAAUAACCCUGAAUCAGAAAGCACCACAUCUGAAUCAAAUAUCAUGGCGUACGUGUCUACACACAGAUCGGAGAGCCGGUAUAUCAAAGCGUUGUCUCACUUCGUUCACUACAGUUUCUUGGCUGCCGUGCUUAUACCGACGAUGGACAUCGUCAACGAUUAA